AUUCUGGAAGUGAACACAGUCGAAAAGGGUGAAGGCCCAAGUGAACGUACGCAGUCAACGCAAAACUCACUGAGUAGUUUUCCGGAAACACCAGCUCAGGCGGCGAAUGUGAAUAAAACCAGUGCUCAUGAGACGUCGCCUGCUAUCCACAAAAGUCCUGGUGCCCAAAUUCGCGGAAACAAAGGGAAAGGGCCAGCAGAGCGCGAAAAUGUUGCUCCAAUAGAGAAUACAAGAAAUGUAGCGGUAGCUGGGAAUUUGGAAAACGCCAGCCACGGAAUUGCCAAAAAUGCCCCGGUUGUUGCCACUACGGAGCCACGCACCGCACUCGAGAAGGACAACUCGGCUCAGCUUUACCCGCUCUCAUCGGCAAUAGCAAUGGAAAGCCAGCUGCCAACACCAGUGCUGCAGACCGAGGAAGAAACUUCUUCAAAGUUAUGCAAUUAUUUGCGUACAAUAGACGAUCUACCGUCGCUUUCGAAACAAAGUACACAGCAAAGCACACGUUUCACCACCACUGAAUCAUUCCCGAUAAUGCCGCCGCACAUAAUCAGAAACCCUGGAUCGCUGCAGUCGGACGAGUGCAUCGAAUUCACAAUUCCAGAAUUUACUGCUAAAUCGGAUUCGCUGCUAACGGAAGGUACCGGCAUGCCCUGUUGA